AGCUUGGCGUGGCGGCUCUGAACCCUGGCGUCGGAAAAGCAGAUCAAUCGGAACGCGGACGUCGAUCGCGAUUGAGCUGCGACGCCGAUCGCGACGCCAAGUCGGUGGACAGAAGCUGGAAGUUGGUCUUUUCCCUACAGGAGUUAACCUGCAGCCCCCCCAGUGUGAAUGCUUCACGGCCCUGUCUAAUUCCUGGUGCUCCUCCCCCCCCCCCCCCCACCCCCCUUUUGUUCCCUCCCCUCCUUCCCUCCUCCCCCUCCCUUCGCCACCCCCACCUCAUCUCCUUCCCCCCGACUCAGGUGGAUGAAUGAAGACCCCCUUUAAGAGCCCAGAGGCCCCGCGGCCCAGAGUCGACGGUGGACAUUCCGGUGUGACGGUCAACAUGAUGAAGAGGAGGAAUCCUCACAAGAAGCAGAAGAGCGGCGUGGGGCCCAGUAGAACUUUGUCCCCGGCCAAGACGAACAUCGUGGGCUGCAGGAUCCAACACGUGUGGAAGGAAGGUAGUAAGUCGUCCCAAUGGAAGGGGACCGUUCUGGACCAGGUCCCCGUCAACCCGUCCCUCUACUUGAUCAAGUACGACGGCUUCGACUGCAUCUACGGCCUGGAACUGCACAGCGACCAGCGGGUCCUCGGACUCCAGGUGCUGCCCGACCUAGUGGCUCCGGCCCGUGUGACGGAUGCGCUGCUGGCGGACGCCAUGAUAGGCAAGGCGGUGGAGCACAUGUUCGAGACUGAGGAUGGCCCCAAGGAGGAGUGGCGGGGGAUGGUGCUGGCCCGGGCGCCCAUCAUGACAUCCUGGUUUUUCAUCACGUACGAGAAGGACCCAGUGCUCUACAUGUACCAGCUACUGGAUGACUACAAGGAGGGAGAUCUGCGCAUUAUGCCCGACGCCAGCGAGAGCGCGUCGUCGGAACGCGAGCCGGGCGAGGUCGUGGACAGUCUGGUGGGAAAGCAGGUGGAGUACGCCAAAGAGGAUGGAGGCAAGCGCUCGGGGAUGGUCAUCCAUCAGGUGGAAGCCAAGCCCUCCGUCUACUUCAUAAAGUUCGACGACGACUUUCACAUCUACGUCUACGAUCUGGUCAAGACCACCUAAACCCUCGCCCCAAAGACCGCCAACCCCCCCUUAAGACACAUGGACACGCUUGUUGUUCUUUUCAGAACGCGCCAGCCGCUGUAAGCCCCGCCCCUUUUGGAUGACGAGCAGGAACUUGAACAGAGCUUGACUGCACCUCUCUGGACCAUUAGCAUCAUUAGCUCAUGUGGCUAGGAUUCAAGUCGGAGUCAAAAUUCAUGGGACCUCAUCGUUAACAAGCUAACUGGAUGCCACUGAUGACAACACAUUUAUUGAUGCUUCUGGACUGCUAACUUUGGUAGCAUCGUUAGCUUACACAGCUAGCACUUAAGUUGAAGUCCAAAUUCAUGAGAAGUCAUUGUUACCAAGCUAACCGGAUACCAUUGAUGACAUUACAACAGUUAAUGAUCUCUCUGGAUCGCUAGCUUCGUUAGCAUUGUUAGCUAGCACUCAAAAUGUUCAAAUUCAUGGCACCUUGUUGGCUGGCAAAUCGGAUGCCAUUGACAUCAUAUUUAAUGAUCUCUCUGGACCGCUAACAUUGUUAGCUUGAGCAGCUUGCACUCAAGUUGUAGUCAAAAUUCAUGGUGACUCAUCCAGAUAAAGCUGACAGUAGACCACUGAUGACAUCACAAUGUUUAAUGAUUUCUCUCUCAACUGCUAGCAUCCUUAGCAUUGUUAGCCCAUGGAGGUAGCGCUCAAGUUGAAGACAAGCCACAAGAAUUUGUUAGCAAGCUAAUCAGACGGCCGAUAAAACAAACGUCUCUCUGUCCUUGAAAUGGUCAUCAACACGCUGCACUCAACUCUCUGACCUUGUAGCAUUGCAGAACAUUCCCAGCUCAGAUGGGGAGAAAGGGAGGGAAGAAAAAAAAAAAAGGCAUCGUCUGGCCUUGAACUGAUGAUUGUUCGUGUGCUUCAGUGGGAUGAUCUUUGUCUUUCUAGAACCUUUGUUUAGCAUUUUGUUGUGUUUUAACAAUAACGGUUAGACAUUCUAGAACAUUUUGAGCUCAGACUGGAAAACAAGAAAUGGUCUGGUGUUCCGCUGGUCUUCUAGAACAUGUGCUUCAGCUUUGUUUCUGACCUGCCUUCUAGAAUGUUCGUUUUGCUUUUUGUUGUGCUUUAACAAUCAUAACUGUUGUACAUUCUAGAACAACGUUGUGAGCUCUGACUGAAAAACAAGCCAUGGUCUGGCCGCUCUGGUGCUGAUCUGACGAUUGGUCUCCUACGUGUGCUUCGGCUUGAUGUUCCUAAAUCUCAUUCUCGGGUGUUUUACUUUUGUUAUGCUUUAACAAUCAUCUAUUGGUUAGACAUUCUAGAACAACAUUUGGAGCUCUAACUGAAGAACAAGGUGGAGAGCAAGACGUCUGGUAUUGAUCUGGUGAUUGGUCUUCUAGAAUGUGUGGGAUCUCUUUUGAUGUUGGAAAAUCCUAGAACGGUCCAAGCUCCGAAGAACAAGAUAAACGUGUUAUCUGGCGUUAAUCUGAUGAUUGGUCUUAGUGAACGUGCUAUAGCUUGAUGUUGGUGGAUGUCAUUAUAGAAUGUUCUUUUUGUCUUUUGUUGUGCUUUUAACAGUUGGACAUUCUAGAACAAUGUUCCAAGCUCUGUCUGACAAAUGUUGUUUUGCGCUGAUCUGAAGACUGGCCGUCUGGAACGUCUACUUAUGCUUGAUGUUCUCAUCAUGUUCUUUGAUGUCAUUCUAGAAUGUUUUUCUGUUGGACAUGCUAAUCUAGAACAACAUUCUCUGGUAUCUGGAGAACAACAUGGUUUGACGUUGAUCUGGUAAUUGGUCUUUUAGAAUGUGGUUCACGUUCUAAGAUGUUAAUCGUUCCUUUUGCAGCUUGCUAUAGUUAAACAAUCCAGUUCUUUUCCUGCUGGACAUUCUAGAGCAAUGUUCUCAGCUCUGUCUAAAAAACGAGAUGUAGUCUGGUGUGGAUCCGAUGAUUCUAGAACAUGCACUUCAGCGUGAUGUUCUUGGACCUCAUCUCGCUUUAGAAAGUUUUUUUUGUUGUUGUUUUUGUUUUUUUUCCUCUCCCCCUUGUGGUAUAACAAUCCAGUCCUGUUGGACAUUCUAGAACAUCUCAGCAGCCAGUCCAAACAAGAUGAAGAAUGAUUGUUGUGCUUCAUGUCAUUCUGGAACAGGGGUCUCAAACUCAUUUUUGUUGCAGGCCCCAUCCUAGUUGUUUCCCUUGGAGGGCCGUUAUCACUGAGCCCAUAGAAAUGAAUGAUCAUAUUAUUAGAUUUACACAAAUUAAUGGAUAACUAGUUUUGAAAUCAAAUGCCAGAAAAUAUUUGUUCAACUGUUAUUCUUUUUUAAAAUAGAAUAAUAGUUGGAACAAACAAUUUGGGGGACUGAUUAGGAAAAAAUGCUCCAGACAAUUAAACAUUUUGGUAAUCCAGCAAAAAAACAUUGUCAAUGCACAUGAUUUGCCUUGGUGGACCACUUAAAAUGAUGCAGCGGACAGAUCAGGGUGCAGAUCUGGCACCCGGGUAUUACACUUGUGUUCUAGAAAAUGUAUUAAGUUCACUGUCAUGCUUUAACAAUCCGUUUGGACCAUCUAGAACAUGCAAGGAACACGUGAGGAACGAGCAAAUUCUCUCAACUGGAGUAGAUGUUCAGUUGAUGGGAAUGUUAACUCAUUUGCAUUACUACGGAAAAAAGUUAAGAGGCCGCUUCAACAUGCGUGUCGUGGGUGCAUGUAUCACGUUUUGUGUACAUUGUUGUAUAAGUUGUUGCAUGUUUGUGUCUUUUUUUCUUUUUGUGCCUUUUUCCUUUGAAUGUUGGGGACCUAAAGUUGUUGUUUAAGUUUUGGACGUACUGUACCUUAAAGAACGUGCCAACAUCACCUUCGAGCCAACUGAGAAGAAAACUAAUAAACAAUUCUUUUUUUCACUU